UGCACGAAGGCAGGCUGAGCUCCCGGACCGACUCGGGGACGGCGUGGGGAAGGAAGGAGGGAGGGAGUUGGGGAGGGGGAGGCCCGAGAAAGCCACCUCCCCCUGCCCCCCGCGGCCCUCCCACCUUCGGGACGGGCGAGGGAGGCGGAACAAAGGCGAGGAACCUCUGCUGCGGCUUCAGCGGCUGCAGGAUCGGAGGAGGGAGGUCGGAGGGCGGGCCAGCCGGCCGGCCACCGGGCCAACCUCCCCGCGAGUCCAUUUUGUGACCGAAGCAGCCUCACGCCUGGAAAGCGCAGCUGCGCCACUUGGGUAGCUCGAGCCUCGGCUGCUGCUGCUGCUUCUGCUGCCGCAGGCGCACGCACCUCACGAGCAGCUGCAGGAUAUGAUGGAGCUGCUGGAGGAAGACCUCACAUGCCCUAUUUGUUGCAGCUUGUUUGAUGAUCCCCGGGUUUUGCCCUGCUCUCACAAUUUCUGCAAAAAAUGCCUGGAAGGUAUCUUGGAGGGCAAUGUUCGUAAUAUGCUGUGGAGACAGUCCCCUUUCAAGUGCCCCACUUGCCGGAAGGAAACUUCAGCUACUGGAGUCAAUAGCCUGCAGGUCAAUUACUCCCUGAAGGGAAUCGUGGAAAAAUACAACAAGAUCAAAGUCUCUCCCAAAAUGCCUGUUUGUAAGGGUCAUGUAGGACAGCCCCUCAACAUCUUCUGCUUGACAGACAUGCAACUGAUCUGUGGGAUUUGUGCCACUCGUGGUAGCCAUACCAAGCAUGUCUUCUGCUCUAUUGAAGAUGCCUAUGCUCAGGAAAGGAGUGCCUUUGAGUCAUUGUUCCAAGGUUUUGAGACCUGGCGUAGGGGAGAUGCUCUUUCUCGUCUGGAUACCUUAGAGUCAAGCAAGAGAAAAUCUCUUCAACUUUUGACUAAGGAUUCAGAUAAGGUGAAGGAGUUCUUUGAGAAACUGCAGCACACUUUAGAGCAGAAGAAGAAUGAGAUCCUGUCUGACUUUGAGACCAUGAAGUUAGCAGUCAUGCAGACCUAUGACCCAGAGAUCAAUAAGCUCAAUACAAUCUUGCAAGAGCAACGGAUGGCUUUUAACAUUGCAGAAGCCUUCAAGGAUGUAUCAGAACCCGUUGUAUUCCUACAGCAGAUGCAGGAAUUUAGGGAAAAAAUCAAAGUCAUCAAAGAGACCCCUUUACCUUCCUCUAAUUUGCCUGUUAAUCCUAUAUUUAAGAACUUUGAUACUAGUCAGUGGGAGAGAAUAAAACUAGUAGAUGUGGACAAAAUGUCAUUGCCUCAAGAAAAUAUCCCAUUCACCAGCAAGAUUCCUUGGAGCUUUUAUCAGAUAUGUGUGGUGCUCUGUCUUGUUGGCCUUCUUGUUUACUUCACUCCUACAAUGUCCCUGGAUGGGACCUUAUUUGAUGAUUUCUCAGUUUGGAAAGCACAUCUUUCCAGCUUCAGUUCCUGUUAUCUAACAGAAUCAGCAGAAAUUGCAGAUCAAGCAAUUUUGUAUUGGGAACAGGUGGUGGAUGGGGUUUUUGUUUUCAGUGAAAGGUUCAAGAAUUACACUUUGGUAUUGCUGAAUGGUAUGGCAGAAUUUGUUUGCAAAUAUAAGCUAUUAUAAAAAUCUGUUGCAAGUACACAA